AUGGCGGACGCGCAAGCGUUUUUUUUCCUUUCUUUUUUCUUUUACUUUUUUUUUAAAGUCGUCGCCGGCGUCGGCGUCGUCCGCGUCAUCGUUGUCGUCAUCGUCAUCGUCAGCAGUGGUGCCAACGGGAAAAAAGUCGACGAUGCAGCACAAAAACAUCCUUUAACGGAUAAUUUUGGACGUUUUCACACGUACUUGAGAAUUUCACUAACGGAAAAAUGUAAUUUACGUUGUAAUUAUUGCAUGCCCGAGGAAGGAGUUCAUUUAUCUCAUCGAUCAAAUCUAUUAACGACAGAUGAAAUUUUAAAACUAUCCGAAUUGUUUGUCAGACAAGGAAUUAAAAAAAUAAGAUUAACGGGGGGAGAACCAACGAUAAGAAAAGACCUUUCUGCCCUAAUAAGAGGCUUGAAAAAAUUAAAAGGAUUAACAGAAGGAGUUUCAAUCACGACCAACGGUCUCGUACUAACAAAACAAUUGGUCGAACUUCAAAGAGCCGGUUUGGAUGGAUUAAACAUAAGCCUGGAUACGUUAAAAUCGAAAAAAUUCGAAGAAAUAACGAGGAGAAAAGGUUGGGAAAGAGUUAUGGCCGGCAUUGAUUUAGCUAUACAAUUGGGAUACGACCCUGUUAAGAUCAAUUGCGUCGUCAUGAAAGGUUUCAACGAUGACGAAAUCAUCGAUUUCGUUGACAUGACGAAAUAUCGAAAUCUCGACGUGCGAUUUAUCGAAUACAUGCCUUUUGACGGAAAUAAAUGGACCGGGAAAAAAUUCCUACCGUAUCAUUCGAUGAUCGAAAUGAUACGAGAAAAAUAUCCGGAUUUCACGAGGAUGCCUGACGGACCUAACGACACGUCAAAGAGCUACAAAAUCCCGGAUUUCAAAGGUCAAAUCGGUUUUAUUACGUCUAUGAGUGAACAUUUUUGCGGAUCUUGCAAUCGUUUAAGAUUAACCGCCGAUGGAAAUUUAAAAGUUUGCUUGUUUGGAAAUACGGAAAUUUCUUUGAGGGAUGCACUGAGAAAUGAUUGCAGUGAAAAUGAUUUAAUAUCUCUCAUAUCGGCAGCGGUAAAAAGGAAAAAAAAACAACACGCAGGUAAUCUUUCAACUUGCCUAAUGUUUCUCGGGGGGAAAUCAAAAACCGAUACCGGAAGUAAACAUUUAAACAAUUUAAAUCUUUCACACUUAUUCCGUUCAAGUAUUCAUAAUUUUCAUUUUUCGAGAACUUUCGCAAGCAAUCGAUUAACUCACGUUGACGAAAAAGGAAAUUCCAAAAUGGUGGAUGUGGGUGACAAGAGAAUAACAACGAGAACUGCGAUCGCUUCGGGAAUCGUUUACGUCGGACCCGAAAUAAGACAAUUAAUAGAGAUGAACCAUCUCAAAAAAGGGGAUGCCAUGUCCGUUGCAAAAAUCGCAGGGAUAUUGGGAGCUAAAAAAACGAGUGAACUCAUUCCUCUCUGUCAUAAUAUACCUUUGAAUAACGUUCAAGUGGAAACCGAGUUACAAGGUGGUGGUAGUGGCGAUUCGGUGUUCAUAACGGCAAAAGCUGCGUGCGAUGGAAAAACCGGAGUCGAAAUGGAAGCUCUGACCGCGGUUAGCAUCGCGGCUUUGACGAUAUACGACAUGUGUAAAGCCGUAAGCCACGACAUGAUAAUUAAAGAAAUUAAAUUAUUGAAAAAAACCGGGGGAUCGAGGGGGGAUUAUAAUAGUAUUACUUAA